AGCCCAUACGUCAACCCGGAAGCGAGAAAAAUAGAGAGUUGAGCGAUGAUUAUUAAUAAAACAAUACAAUUACAACAAUCACUAUUGUUGUCAUCGUGUACCGUUUUAAGCUGUUUUCAUCACUCAUAUAAUGGCAUACUUUUGUCACUACAAAACAGCAUUAAGUUAUUACCAUCAGCCAGUUAUAAACUUUAACUUUUCUGCUAUAUAUGUGGAUAUAUUUGGAACAGAAAGCAAAUAAUAAUUGUAAAAGUUAAUUUACAUCAUAAUUAGAGCUAUGAAUUGAUUGCCUCAGCCAUUGUUGGUUACUUAAUAAUUACUAAAAUAAUAAUAAGAUAAUAGAUAGAUCUGUGGAUGGGUGUGUGGAUGGAUAUAAUGAAUGGUAUUUGAAACGUGUUCCCUAAUCUUAUAACUAGUAUUUUUAUUGCGUGGAACAUGAGCCUGAUCCUUCAUGCUGUCUGAGACCCAUCAGUAUCGGUAUGAGUUUCAGUAAACAGAUCCUAUUACUACGAUGACAUCCCUCUGUGGUGAAAGUCUGCAAACCUUCGAGGAAGAAAAAGGACGCAGGGCACUGGGCUCUCUUCUACAGCCUCCAGGUGGUCUGGCUAAAAAACCAUGACAUCUAAGGUCGACAGUCCACCUCCUCCCUAUGAGAUUGCCCUGCACCAUCCCAAAGAUGCCAGCACUCUGCCACCACCUCCGUCGUACAGCCCAGGCCCCGGCCACUGGGGCCAGGACGGCGUCUACCCGCAGGCCGGAAUGUGGUCCGCCUCUGGGUUGCCUCCGUCCGGGAUGCCCAUCAUAAUACCGACUCUGUGUGCUGGAGUGCCUGCAACCAGCCAAGGAGACAUGGAGGAUUUUUUGAACACCCAGUGGGAAAGCACAUCGGUUCGACAUGGCUUCAUCCGAAAGGUUUACUUAAUUUUAACAGCACAGCUUGCGGUCACCUUUUCAAUUGUUGCUGUCUUUACAUUUGUUGACCCGGUCAGAGAGUUUGUUAUUCAGUACCCCGGCAUCUACUGGGCAUCUUUCGUGGUUUAUUUUUUGGUUUACUGCAUUCUCAUCUGCUGUAAAGAACCAAGGAGGCGCUUCCCAUGGAACUGUGUGCUGCUGGCAAUAUUUACUCUUGCCUUAUCCUACAUGGCUGGAACGGUUUCAAGCUAUUAUGAGACUAAAGCAGUGCUUCUCGCUAUGGGAAUAACAGCAGUAGUUUGUAUAGCUGUCACAAUCUUCUGCUUCCAAACCAAGGUGGACUUCACCUCCUGUGGGGGGUUUCUCUGCAUUGCCGCUGUUUUGCUCAUGAUCACCGGGAUCGUCACAGCCAUCGUCCUCUCCUACCAAUAUGUCCCUUGGCUGCAUAUGCUUUACGCCGUAAUUGGAGCCAUUGUUUACACCCUGUUUUUAGUGUACAACACUCAGCUACUCAUUGGAAACCGGGAGUUGGCCAUCAGCCCAGAGGAGUACAUCUAUGGAGCGCUCUCUCUAUACAUCGACAUUGUUCACAUCUUCCUCUUUAUCCUUCAAGUCAGUGGAGCUGCUACCGAAUGAGCCCAUAGUUAGAGAUCAUGGUGUCAUAGAGUUUUGACAGUUUAUCAACAAUAUAAUUAUGUAAAUCCAUCACUACCAUAUGUUAAUGUGGAUUUAUGUUGUGUCAAUAACAAGUAUCAUUCUUUAUUUUAGUGUGAAUGAAGUUUUUCCAUUCUGUACAGUUGUCCUUUAGGAUUUGACCUUUUGUUGUUCAAGGUGAUGAUUAACUGCUUGUUGACACAAAAAAAGACUUCAAAUCUGUGAAAUAUAACUUAGAUAUAAUCAUUAAUCAACAAUAGCACAGUAAUACUUAUUGAAAAAAAAACACCACAAAAAAUGAAGACAACAUCAAUGUGGGUUUGAAAAGUUAUUUUUUUAUGGUGUGUUUAGUUACAAAACACCUGUAUUUACAGGCAAACAGCUGGAGACUACAAUCAUUAGUUCCAGGUCAGUGCUGGUAGUGAGAGGGACUCAGAUCUGCAUUAAUGUAGAGUUAAAACAUCACCACAGAGAAGAGCUUAGGGCACAGAAUGAACAACACUGACUAGAUUAUUUUAAGUUGGAUUAGGUGUGUGCAGAUUUUCAGCAAUUUAUUUAAACCACUAGCCAUCUCCUCUACAGUAUCUUAUUGUUUCCAUUAACUGUUGGUGUUCAACAACUAUGUGCACCAUCCAAUAAAGUAUAUCCUACUGUUA